AUGUUUGACAAAUCAUUGCAUACUACCUAAGGUAUUAAUGGAGUUAAUUUUAAUAUCCAUACUUUUACUUUUUAGCCCAAAUGGUUGAAUUUAAUCUCCAUUUUCAUAAUCUUUAGUCUUAUCAAAAUUUCCACAUAAUAAAAGAUAGUUUACAAGGAUCUCUUUAGUGAAUAUUAAGAGAGUAACAAUAAAAAUUAUUUAAUUUAAGCCUGGAAAGCCUAUAUGAAUCAAUAAAAUGAUUAGAAGACAUUUACAGAAGAAGAAGAUUGUGGUUCUUAUAAAGCCAUAUUCGUACAAUAAUCUCAAUCAUAUCAGUAUUUGCUUUACAAAACAUUCGAGCUCUAACCUCACUACUAAUUGAAAUUAGAUUUUAAAUUUAUUAAGCAAUCCUAAGAAAGUUUAUCCUAAAAUUACACACCAUAUUUGCCUUUUUUUAAUGGAUCAUAUUUCCAAUAAAAUUUUAAAUUUAUUGUUUAUAUAGAUAGUAAAAUCGAACACUAAUAGAGAUAUUAAAACUCUAAUUAUGAAAAUAAAUGCUAAAAGAGUGAUGAAUAUCUGAUUUUCCCUAUUUCUAUUACAAUUCAACACAUAAGUUCUUCAGUCACUGUGGCUAUGUUAGCUCAAAAUUAUAAUUGGGGAAUAACAGAAUUCCAAUUAUCAAUUUUUGAAUGUUCAAUAGGGUGCAAUUCAUGUAAUUCAUAUGGAUGUUUUAAUUAAGUAUUGUUUUUGUAACUUUUUUCUUAAAAAGAAUUCUCCAUUAUUAAUCCAGAUGAAGGAUGGUAGCAUGGAGAUAACACAGUUAAAAAUUGCUUAGGUAUAUAACAUAUUAUUAUUAAGGAUUUAAUUACAUAGAUACUUUUGGUAAGGAUAUGUUUAAAAUCUUUGACUUAAACUUACAUGUUGCCAUAAGCUUCUAACUAAAACUUUUAAUUUUUAAUUCUUAAUCAACUAAAAUUCAUAUUUAUAUUGAUGAGAGUUAAGUACUUACAAUUGAUUAUGUUUACGAAUAACUAGAAUUAGACGGUAAUAUUUGUUAUGAGAUUUCUAUGUAGGAGAUUAAUCUAUUUUUAUUUUAACAUCAUGGUUAAAGGUUAAAAAUUGAUAUAAAAGUUGAUUUACUUAAAUUACAUAACAAUAUGCCGACAUAUAUUGGAAUGAGAGAUUUUUAAUUAUUUCUUAGUAAUGAAGGGUGCAUGGAUAAAAAUAUAGUUCCUUUUGAUGGAUGCUUUUAAAAUAAUUAUGAUUGUAGUUAAGGUUGUGAAAAUUGUAUUAAAGGAAUUUGUUAUGAUUGUUUAAUUGGAUGGUAAUUUUUAGAAUAAAUAAAAUCUUGUAUACCUUAAUGUGGAGAUGCUAUCAUUACAUAUGAUGAGGAAUGCGAUGAUGGUAAUUUAUUAGCUUAUGAUGGAUGUCACUAAUGCAAAUACUCUUGCUCUAAAAAUUGUAGUGUAUGCUAAUUUGGAAAAUGUUUGGAGUGUGGAAAUUCAUAUCUACUUUUAGAAGGUUAAUGUUAAUCUAUUUCUGAUUAUUUAGAUAACACUUAUAUGGAAGAAUAAGUGGAGUGUUUCAAUUUCUUUAUGAGUUAGGAAUAAUAUUAUUAUAGAACACAGUUUAAUAAUCAAUAUUAAAGUAUAUAAUAAAUUAAUGAUGAUUUGAAUACUAUAAGUUUUAGAGUAUUUGGAUAUCAACAUAAUAAUUAAUCAAAAUUUUAGUUAAUUAAUAAUUGUAAAGUGGAAUAAUUUGGAAAAUGUUUGGAAUGCCAAAAUGAAUAUGAAUUAGAUUUUCAUAAAAAACAAUGUAUUCCUAAAUGUUAGGAUGGAAUUAAAUUAUCAUAAGAACUAUGUGAUGAUGAGAAUAGAAUCCAGUUUGAUGGUUGUUAUAAAUGUUAAUAAAGUUGUUAAAUAGAAUGUUUAUUUUGUUCUGAAAAUAAAUGCUAUAUAUGCAAAGAAGGAUGGUAACUUCAAGAGUAUUAGUGUAUAUAAAUUUGUGGAGAUGGACUAUUGGCUACUUUAUCUAAAGAAUAAUGUGAUGAUCCUGAAGAUCUUAAUUGUGUUGAUUGUAAAUAUUAAUGUGAUCAUGAUUGCUUGGUUUGUGAUAAGUUUUAAAAUUGUGAAUAGUGUAUACAUCCUUAUGAGAUUAAGGAAGGGAAAUGUUUACCGAUUUGUGGAGACAAUAUAAUUACUCUUCUUUUUGAAUAAUGCGAUGAUGGUAAUGAUAUCCCUUAUGAUGGAUGUUUUGAAUGUCAAUACUAAUGUUCUUAUGGAUGUAUUCAAUGUGAGAAAGAUAAUAAAUGUGUAUAAUGUGAAGACUAAUAAUAUAAUUUAGAUACUUAAAAUUUUAAGUGCGAAUAACUUAAGUAAAUUAUUAAUUCAGAACUAAAACAGGAAUUAAAUGAUAAUGAUUAAUUAAUUGUAUAAUGUAAUCAGAAUUAAGCAUUUUUCAAUAAUUAAUGUAUUAAUUUAUGUGGCAAUGGAAUACUUAAUAGCCAUUUUGAAUAAUGUGAUGAUGGAAAUAAUGAUGGAGGAGAUGGAUGUUCAGCUUCAUGUUUUUAAGAAGAUUCUUUUAAAUGUCUUAAUCAAGAAAACUCUAUCAGUAUUUGCACUUUUAUUCAAGCACCAAACUUCAAUUUAAUUUUACUUUCUGAUAAAAGUAAUAAAAGUAAAAUAAUUGACUUAAGCUUUUCUUAAGAAGUAUAUAUAUCAUGCGAAAAUCUUUUUGAACAUGCAUUAGAAAUUAUGAUCAUUCCAUAAACUUAAUAUGAACUAACUAUUAUUCCAUUAAUAAAAAUUACUUCCUAGUUAAGUAAUCCUAAUUAUCUAAUUGAUAUUUAACUUUUGGAGCCUGUUGUAGAUCCAAUUUUAGAAAUUUAAAUAUAGAAAUUCUGUAUUUUUAAUUAGUUUGAUUUGGAUUUAAGUACUAAUUCAAAACAACUACCUCUAGGAACUCCGAUCAUAUUAUCAGCAGCUACAUAGAAAAGAGUAAUCUAAGUUAUCAAAAUGAAUGAUGCUAUGGUUUAUUCAUCAACUAGUAUUUCUNUGAAAAUAAAUGCUAUAUAUGCAAAGAAGGAUGGUAACUUCAAGAGUAUUAGUGUAUAUAAAUUUGUGGAGAUGGACUAUUGGCUACUUUAUCUAAAGAAUAAUGUGAUGAUCCUGAAGAUCUUAAUUGUGUUGAUUGUAAAUAUUAAUGUGAUCAUGAUUGCUUGGUUUGUGAUAAGUUUUAAAAUUGUGAAUAGUGUAUACAUCCUUAUGAGAUUAAGGAAGGGAAAUGUUUACCGAUUUGUGGAGACAAUAUAAUUACUCUUCUUUUUGAAUAAUGCGAUGAUGGUAAUGAUAUCCCUUAUGAUGGAUGUUUUGAAUGUCAAUACUAAUGUUCUUAUGGAUGUAUUCAAUGUGAGAAAGAUAAUAAAUGUGUAUAAUGUGAAGACUAAUAAUAUAAUUUAGAUACUUAAAAUUUUAAGUGCGAAUAACUUAAGUAAAUUAUUAAUUCAGAACUAAAACAGGAAUUAAAUGAUAAUGAUUAAUUAAUUGUAUAAUGUAAUCAGAAUUAAGCAUUUUUCAAUAAUUAAUGUAUUAAUUUAUGUGGCAAUGGAAUACUUAAUAGCCAUUUUGAAUAAUGUGAUGAUGGAAAUAAUGAUGGAGGAGAUGGAUGUUCAGCUUCAUGUUUUUAAGAAGAUUCUUUUAAAUGUCUUAAUCAAGAAAACUCUAUAAGUAUUUGCACAUUUAUUCAAGCACCAAAUUUCAAUUUAAUUUUACUUUCUGAAAAAAGUAAUAAAACAAAAAUAAUUGACAUAAGUUUUUCAUAAGAAGUAUAUAUAUCAUGCGAAAAUCUUUUUGACUAUGCAUUAGAUAUUAUGAUCAUUCCAUAAACUUAAUAUGAACUAACUAUUAUUCCAUUAAUAAACAUUACUUCUUAGUUAAGUAAUCCUAUUUAUCAAAUUAAUAUUGAACUUUUGGAGCCUGUUGUAGAUCCAAUUUUAGAAAUUUCAAUAUAGAAAUUUUGUAUUUUUAAUUAGUUUGAUUUGGAUUUAAGUACUAAUUCAAAACAACUACCUCUAGGAACUCCGAUCAUAUUAUCAGCAGCUACAUAGAAAAGAGUAAUCUAAGUUAUCAAAAUGAAUGAUGCUAUGGUUUAUUCAUCAACUAGUAUUUCUGUAAUUCUAUUAUUAACUGGUAAUUACAUUGUGUUUUUCAAUUUAUUAGACUUACUAUAAUCACUAUCUUACAUUAGAUAUAUGCAAUAUAAAUUUCCUCCUCAUUUAACUUAAUUUCUUGAAACUUAUACAAAAAUUUCUUUAUAACCAAUUUUAGAUAGUUUAAAGGUUGAUGAAAUUAUAGCUAAAAUUAAUGGAGGUACUCUUCCAUAUUUUAGAAAGAAAUCGCAACAAUCAAAACAAAUUGAUGUUUUGAAUUAAUUUUAUUUAAUGAAUGCUAAGGGAUGUUACUUUUCUUACUUAUUAUCAUUGCUAACUUAUUUUAUGUGUUGUCUAAUAUCUUCAAUAAAGGUAUCAUAAUGGGUGGGAAAAAGUUUUGAAAAAAAUAAAGAUAGUAUGAAAGUUCUUCGCCUAAUUUCAAUCUUUUAAAAAAGAAUUCAAACAAAAUGUUCCAAAGUUAAAAACUAUUAUUUCUCUUAAGGAAUUUAUUAAUUAUUUUAUUCAACACUUCAUUAGUUAGUAUUUAGUACUCUAUUAUAAUUUCCUGAAUAUACCUUCAAUUCUAUUUUUGAGAUAAUUAAUAGCAUAGUUGCAUUAACAAGUUUAUUAUUCCUCAUUUAAAUAUUUUUUAGGUUACUAUCUAUCACAACUUCAUAAAUUAAAGAUAAAUAAAAAUGGAGGUAUUUUUUUUAAGAUUCAAAAAUUGAAUUUUGGGCAAGUAAUUUCAAACCUUUUCAAAUAUAUAGAACAGUUUUUUAUAUCGCAAUUAUUGUAGAAUUCAUAAGAUAUCCUGAAGCAUAAUCAAUAUUACUUUCCAUGCAGUCAUUAUUUUAUUUAAUCUAUUUGAUCUUCUUUCGACCUAUUAAAUCAAAUUUUGAUUUAAUAAAAUUGUUGUUUAGAGAAGUCAUAUUUUUGUUAAUUACAGGAUCAUUCUUAGUCUACAGUUUAGAAUUAAAUGAGGAUUAAUUUUUAUUAUAUGGAUGGUUACAUAUAGCUCUGUUUUGUUUCAUAAUGGGCUUUACUUUAAUAGUUGACAUUUUAUAUUAAGGUAAAUAGGCAUAUUAUUCCCAUUUAAAAAAUAUAUAGAAGAAAGAAAAAAAGCAAAUUCAGUUAUAUUAUGAUAAUCCAUUAUAAAAAUUUGUUUGGAAUGACAAUUUAAAUUUGAAAAAAAAGAUAUGA